AACCUCAUCGACAUGGUUGGCAUAGAAUUCAUUGACUACCUGACCAAGCUCAAAGUCAACGACUUCCUGGGAUUGGAGGAUUUCGCUGAUAAAAUGAGUUUCAUGUACUCCGUGCUCAUUUUGCUACUUUGCACAACCAUCAUUGCGGUGAAGCAGUAUUUGCUAGCAAGUAUUGCCUGCUAUAUACCCACAGUGCCCUCUGGGAAGGACUUUGAUAAAUUUCUGCAGAAUUUCUGCUGGGUGCAUGGAACAAUACCGUUUCUGGAGGGAGAACAUAUUCCCCAGAAUUACUCCGAGUGGAAUGAAGCUGACAAGAACAUGAGAAUCAACUACUACCAGUGGGUACCCUUUAUGCUGGGUCUGCAGUGCAUCCUCUUCUAUAUUCCACGCGUUGUUUGGCAGAUCAUCUGCUACAACCGAACUGGCACCGACUUGGAAAAUCUCAUUUCUAUCGCUAACAAGGCUAGCAACACCAUUGAAGACGACCGCAAAACCCUUGUGAAGCAUGUUGCUGGAACCAUGGCUGAAAUGCUAUUCCAACAUCGAGAUUUUCGUGUGGGCAAAAUUGCAGAUGCUCGUCGUAAAGCCUUCAAGUUCUGCGGUUUAUUCAUGGCUAGCAAACGUCUGGGAACUUGGCUUAUCUUCACUUAUCUCUUCAUCAAAUGCAUCUACCUUAGUAAUGCUAUUGGCCAACUCUAUCUCAUGCAAUCCUUCCUUGGUUUCAACAAAUCAAUGACCAAUUUUGGUUAUGAGGUGGCAAAGUACAUGAUCAAUGGUAAGGAUUGGGAUGAGACCCGUAUCUUCCCUCGUGUCUCCUUCUGCUAUGUUGAACAUGUUCGCCAUCUCGGUACCACAAAUCGAUACGUUGCACAAUGCGUGCUUCCAGUCAAUAUGCUCAAUGAAAAAAUCUACAUCUUUCUGUGGUUUUGGACUGCUAUUGUUGCCUUCUGUACGGCUGUUUCAAUCCCGCUCUGGAUUAUUCGCUUGGGUCGUCAAAAGAGCAAGGUGCACUUCAUUAAGAAAUUCUUGCGUCUUCAGGAGAUCUACACAGUUGAAGACAAGGAGAUUCUUCGCAACUUUAUUUCCGACUUCUUGCGUCAUGACGGUGUCUUCUUGCUCCGUAUGAUCUCCAUGAAUGCCGGUGAUGUUGUUACUGCUGAUGUGAUUGUUCAAAUGUGGGAUAUCUACAAGACCAAGUUCAAGAAUAGGACUAUGCUCAAUGAUAUUGCUCGUGACAUUAUGAAACAGAGGAUGAAAUUGGAUGAGGGUGGUGAAACAACCCUUCGCAGGUCACCCUAUGACAAGAAGAUAUCAGCUUGCAUGUUAAUUAAUUCUAAUGGAACCCAAUUCAUGUCGAAUUUAGGAUCAGAUUUUAUGAACUUCUAUAAGAAGUACCAAGCAGCUACGCUGAUUGGUAUUCAAGACUGGGCGGAUAGACUGAGCUAUAUGCAUAGUACAAUCAUUUUCCUACUCUGCACAGCCAUUGUGUCUGCAAAGACGUACAUCCUCUCGCCAUUGGCUUGUCACGUUCCAACAGUACCCUCAGGGUCUGAUUUUGACUCUUACUUCAACUCGUGGUGUUGGGUCCAUGGCACUACACCAAUUCGCAUCAAUGAAAGCAUUCCGGAAGAUGACGCGGGUUGGGAAGAACUCGAAAAUGAACGCAAAAUAACGUACUAUCAGUGGGUGCCGUUCAUUCUGGGCCUGCAGACCAUUAUGUUCUAUCUUCCCCACGUUGCUUGGCAAAACGUCACCUUCAACCGUCUAGGUGCCGAUCUCACUGCCAUCGUUGUGAAAGCAAUGGACGCUUUGAAAACCACAUCGCCUAAAGGCCGCGAAAAAAUUAUCACCAAUGUUGCUAAUAGACUGGAACUUCUACUCUUUGCACAUCGUGAUAUUCGUCGUGGCAAGCGAGCCGCUCUGAAGCGAAAACUCUAUAAUAUUUGUGGUAUCUUCUUCGUGAGCAAGAGAAUGGGAACCUGGACUGUGUUCUCCUAUCUCUGUAUCAAAGUCCUCUAUCUCACCAAUGCAAUCGGACAGUUGUAUUUGAUGAAGCAUUUCUUGGGUUACGAUGAAGAUAUGACUGGAUUUGGAUUUCGUCUUGCAGGCUCUUUAAUAUCAGGCGUUAAGUGGCAAGAGUCACAUUACUUCCCUCGCGUAGCUUUCUGCAGUAUCUCACUCCGCCAUUUGGGUCGUACCAAUAAUCGCUAUAUGGGAAUGUGCGCAUUGGCCAUCAACAUGCUCAACGAAAAGCUCUAUGUCUUCCUUUGGUUCUGGACUCUUGCUGUAGCUAUUUCAACUGGUUUCAGCCUUAUCAACUGGUUCCUUAGAUUGGCUAUUAGAAGACGUCAAACGCAUGUGAUCCGAAAGUACCUGAAAAUUACUCCACUCAUGUUAAAUUCGAAUAAGAAUGACAGCAAUUCCUCUACCCCCUCAGAAAAUUUGGAUCCAAGCCGUCCAGACACAGUUGAGAGGUUCAUUCGAGAAUUCCUUCGUAUGGAUGGCGUCUUCAUUGUCCAAAUGCUAACUAUGAACGCUGGUGAUGUUAUAACUGGUGAAGUUAUUCGUCUUCUGUGGCACUCGUGGAUCACAAAGUAUGCUAAUAAGAAGGACUUUGGAAAUGACCCCUGGAUUGAUCUUAUUUACUCUGAAGAGUUGGAUGAAAUUGAUCGAGAGAAAAUGGAACUGCAUGAGAAAGAGAAACUGUUUGAGUAG